AUGAUGAAUCUUUCCGACCACGGCGUACUGGGCUUCCAGGAAGGCCUCCCGCCGCCGCCGGGCCCUAGCCCGCUCGCCCUCACGGGCCCCGACUGGCUGUCGCACGCCGACAACGGGUGGCAGCUGACCGCCACGGCGCUGGUAGGCCUCCAAAGCGUGCCAGGCCUCAUCAUCCUCUAUGGCAGCAUGGUGAAGAAGAAGUGGGCCGUGAACUCGGCCUUCAUGGCUCUCUACGCCUUCGCCGCCGUGCUCCUCUGCUGGGUUCUCUGGGCCCACCGCAUGUCCUUCGGCGAUAGGCUCAGCCCGCUUCUUGGCCAAGUGGCCAUGGCGCUCCCCGAGGACUACCUCACAAGUGCAAGCGACAAAGGCUCCUUCCCCAAGGCCUCCUACGUUUUCUUCCAGUUCGCGUUCGCGGCGAUCACGGUGAUCCUGUUGGCCGGGUCGUUGCUCGGGAGGAUGAACUUUUAUGCGUGGAUGUUGUUCGUGCCGCCGUGGCUGACGACGUCGUACACGGUGGGCGCGUUCACGGUGUGGGGAGGCGGGUUCCUGGACCAGAUGGGGGUGGUGGACUUCGCCGGAGGGUAUGUUAUCCACCUCUCCUCCGGCGUGGCCGGAUUCACGGCGGCAUAUUGGGUGGGCCCGCGGAUAUCCCACGACCGGCAGCACUUCCCGCCCAACAACAUCAUCAACAUGCUGUUCGGCGCCGGCCUCCUCUGGAUGGGCUGGUCCGGCUUCAACGGCGGCGCCCCCGGCUCCACCAACUCCCUCGCCUCCGUCGCCUCCCUCGCUGUCCUCAACACCCACCUCUGCACCGCCACCAGCCUCUCCGUCUGGCUCUUCCUCGACAUGCUCGUCUAUCGCAAGAGCUCCGUCAUCGGCGCCGUCCAAGGGAUGAUCACCGGCCUCGUCUGCAUCACCCCGGCCGCCGGGCUGGUCGAGCCGUGGGCGGCGAUGCUGAUGGGGACCAUGUCAGGAUCCGUGCCAUGGUACACGAUGAUGGUGCUGCACAGACGAGCAGCCUUCCUUCAGAAGGUCGACGACACACUGGGGGUGUUCCACACCCACGCCGUCGCCGGAACCUUGGGCGGGCUGCUCGCCGGUCUCCUCGCGCAUCCCCGGUUAACGACGCUGUUCAGCGGAAACGACCACUCUGGCUUGUUCUAUAACUUCAAUAAUGGGCGCCUGGACGAAGGCUUCAAGCAGCUCGGAUACCAGCUCCUUGGAGCGGUGUUUAUAGCUGUGUGGAAUGUUGUUAUCACGACUGCUAUAUGUUUGGCAAUCAGUAAAAUCGUGCCGCUGAGGAUGAACGAGGACGAUCUAAAUAAAGGGGACGAUGCGGCACACGGGGAGGAGGCGUACGCGCUGUGGGGGGAUGGGGAGAGGACUCAGACCUACGCUCGCUGGAGCAUGACGCCGGUGUUGCCAGCCUUUUGUCGUGGGUUUCGUGGGCGCUGAUCAUGAUUACGUGCUAGUUUGGUCAGUAUCCAAGCCUUCUUUGGGUUAUUAAUCGAUGACAUGUUUUUUAUUAGCUUGUUGCUACUGUUUGCCGCUUGCAAACUCUCUGUUGUUGGGAUAUACCG